AGGGCACAGUCAUUCUCCACCCUCCGGUCUCAGCACAUUUAAAGCCUGGUUAUGCUAUUGUACCGUGGUUUACAAAAACGCUUCGUGAUAUGAACGCAGUGUGAAGAGUGUGUAUAUUGGACGAAAUCGCAGCUGUAUUCUUGAUUGAUUUGGGACAAACUUGGAAGCAGUUCUUACUUGCAGUAACAAUGGGAUGCAGCAGAUUUGCGCUGCUCUACGGCGUUGCUUUUAUUUUUCUCGGCCUCCACCCAGGCUAUGGAGACGUGAGCUACUCUAUCCCGGAGGAGAUGAAACGUGGAUCUGUAAUUGGAAAUAUCGCUAAAGAUCUUGGACUUGAUUUGGGCAGAUUGUCUGCUCGCAAGGCCCGUAUUGAUACCGAAGAUAAUGUCGUUAAGUACUGCGGUGUAAAUCUCAACACCGGAGAUUUGAUCGUACAAGAAAGGAUUGACAGAGAGGGGCUCUGUGCAAAAAAGGCAUCGUGUGUUUUAAAACAGGAACUCGUGCUGGAAAAUCCACUAGAACUGCACCGUAUAAAUAUUCGCGUUCAAGAUAUUAAUGAUAAUUCACCGCAAUUUAAAGAGGAGUCUCUUCAUUUUGAAAUUAGGGAAUCGGCAGACAAGGGUGAACGUUUUCAAUUGGACGAGGCACACGAUGGAGACAUUGGAGAAAAUGCUGUGCAGAGCUACACACUGCAGGAGAAUGACCAUUUCAAACUAAACGUAAAGACAAAAGGUGGUGAUCGAAAAUAUGGUGAAUUAGUUUUAGACAAAGAAUUAGACAGAGAGGGAAAAAAAGAGAUUAUGUUUGUGCUUACCGCGUUUGAUGGAGGCUCUCCUCAGAGAUCAGGUACUGUAGUCAUACACGUCACUGUGCUGGAUGCUAAUGAUAAUGUCCCAGUGUUUAGUCAGGCCGUAUAUGAAGCCAGUCUGCCUGAAAACUCUCCUCAGGAUACAUUGGUGAUCAGAGUAAGUGCAACUGAUGCAGACGAAGGAAUAAAUGGUGAAGUAACCUACGGGUUUGAUCAUGUGUCAGAUGAAAACCAAGUUUUCUCUCUGGACCCUAAAACGGGAGAAGUUAAAGUGGCAAGAUAUAUUGAUUAUGAAAAAGAAUCGUCUUAUGAAAUGCAGAUUAGUGCUAAAGAUGGUCUUGGGCUGGCAUCAUAUGCAACGUUGUUGAUUGAAAUAACAGAUAUUAAUGAUAACGCCCCUGUAAUAUAUUUAAAAUCCCUGACUAACCCCAUACCUGAGAACGUGUCACCUGGUGCAGAGGUGGGCAUCAUUAACGUGCAGGAUAGAGACUCUGAGACUAACGGACAGGUCCGUUGCUCCAUUCAGCAAAACGUCCCUUUUAAGUUGGUUCCUUCUAUUAAAAACUAUUAUUCUCUGGUGACCACAGGACAACUGGACCGUGAACUAGUGUCUGAUUACAACAUUACAAUCACUGCCACUGACGAGGGCUCUCCCCCUCUGUCUUCCUCUAAAACUGUUCAGCUAUCUGUAGCAGACAUCAACGACAACGCACCUGUGUUUGAGGAGCAGUCCUACAGCGCAUAUGUGACUGAAAACAACAAACCUGGCUCCACUUUAUGUUCCGUUACUGCUCAAGACCCCGACUGGAGACAAAACGGUACCGUGAUUUAUUCUCUGUUACCCGGUGAGGUGAACGGUGCCCCGGUUUCCUCCUAUCUGUCUGUUAACGGAGACACGGGGGUGAUCCACGCUGUGAGGACGUUUGAUUAUGAACAGUUCAGGAGUUUUAAAGUGCACGUGAUGGCCAGAGACAACGGUUCUCCUCCGCUCAGCAGCAACGUGACCGUCAGUGUGUUCAUAUCGGAUGUGAAUGACAACUCUCCUCAGAUACUGUACCCCGCCCCGGAGGGCAACUCCUUCAUGACCGAGCUCGUCCCCAAAGCUGCACACGGAGGCUCUCUGGUGUCCAAAGUGAUCGCGGUGGACGCGGACUCCGGACAGAACGCCUGGCUGUCCUAUCAUAUAGUCAAAUCCACUGAUCCGGGACUUUUCACUAUUGGUCUCCACAGCGGAGAGAUCAGGACACAGCGGGACAUUUCUGAGUCUGACAGCAUGAAACAAAACCUUGUUGUGUCAGUGAAAGAUAACGGACAGCCCUCUCUCUCUGCCACCUGCUCCAUGUAUUUACUUAUCUCUGAUAACUUGGCUGAGGUGCCAGAACUGAAGGAUAUUUCUUAUGAUGAGAAGAACUCCAAACUGACCUCUUAUCUGAUCAUUGCUCUGGUGUCCGUGUCCACCUUUUUCCUCACCUUCAUCAUCAUCAUCCUGGGUGUGAGGUUUUGUAACAGGAGAAAGCCCAGACUGUUGUUUGAUGGAGCAGUCGCCAUCCCCAGCGCUUAUCUCCCUCCUAAUUACGCAGAUGUUGACGGAACAGGAACUUUACGCAGCGCUUACAAUUAUGACGCCUACCUGACAACAGGUUCCAGAACCAGUGACUUUAAGUUCGUGUCAUCUUUCAAUGACAACACACUGCCUGCUGACCAGACUCUGAGGAAAAGCCCUUCAGACUUUGCUGAAGUGUUUGGAGACUGUGAUUCUUCUCCUGAGGUAGGACCAUGUAUCAUAUCAUCAUAG